CCCGUACACACACAUGACCUUUUUCAAGAUGGAUGUGAAGGAGUAUUUUGCUGUAGCGUGUGCAAAUGAUAGUAGCAAAAUGCAAGUCAAGUGGUUAUCUUUUUUAGUGGCAGCUAGAUUGUGGACAAUAGCGUUACUUAGUGAAUGUUUUUGAUGAAACUGUAAACCCGUAAGACUUAAUAACUUGUAGUGAAUUAUUGAUUUUUGUGCUAGCACAUUUUUCCCGUCUGUUAAUUCAUAAAAGUUUGUACGUUGAGUGUUACUUGUGCGACUAUAGGACAGACGAAGAUAAUUUAUAAUCUGAAUAGCUGAUUCGUGUGAUUGUUCAUCGGAGAAAGACGAAGUUUGUGAUGAUAUUACGUUUCAUUGACCUCGAAUAAUAAAGUGUUGGGUAUUGCGCAUGAGGAACUGCAUGCCCUUGGCAAAGCCACUCGUAGCCUAUUUUUUUCUCCUGGGUGACGUUUCUGAACAACUUGCCGAAAAUAAGUGUAGUGAAAUGUUGUCAGUGUGACUGUGACAAAUUGUUGUGCAAUUUUCUAGUUGAAACAGCGCGGCAUUUCGGCGUAAACACGAGUUGCGAGCUGUGACGCGAGGAAUGCCAGGGCGCCUGCUGCCCUUAAAUGCGCAGUGCUCUCAAGGAUUCGUCGUAUUUGGUGUCUGGCACCAUGCAUCGACAUUAAAGAGCUAUGUCGUCAGUAAAGAGUUCAUCAUCAGCCGGAGACUCGACCUGGCGGGAUUCGGACCGGCACGAUGGUCGCUCGGGAGAGAUAGUGAAGCGAGGAUACUUAAAGAAGCUUAAGACAAUGCGCAAGAAAUACUUUGUUUUGCGUGGCGAGUCAGUCGAGUCUUCAGCACGUCUGGAGUAUUAUGAUAGUGAAAAAAAAUGGCGGUCGCAUCAUCCUCCCAAAAGGAGCAUUCUGCUGAAAACUUGUUUUAAUAUCAAUCGUCGACAAGACACAAAGCACAAGUAUGUGAUAGCACUGUAUACGAAAGAUGACUGCUUCUGUGUAGUUUUGGAAUCCGAGGAAGAGCUGGAAGAAUGGUUAAAAUCAUUGUUGUCACUUCAGCAGGGUGAAGAUAUUCCUGAAGGAGAACAGCCAAAACCUACUUAUGAGCAUGUAUGGCAAGUGACUGUCAAGGAGAAGGGCCUUGGCAACAGCCGCAACAUACUGGGCCCAUUUUUACUUUGUCUGACAGACAAGACCCUCAGCUUGGUGCAGUGUGGCCCAUCUGAGGAUCCUCAAACAUAUGAAUUUCCAUUGAAUGGUAUUCGGCGAUGCGGAUACUCGGACUGCUUUUUCUAUAUGGAAGUUGGCCGUUCUUCAUGCACAGGAGCUGGUGACCUGUGGAUGCAGACUGAAGAUACCAACAUUGCCCAGAAUAUGCAUGAUGCAAUUCUCCAUGCGAUGAGUAGCAGUCGUGAGGACUCAGGCAGUAUAAGUGUCAGUGGUAAUUCACGUCCUCGCACACGCUCGUCACCAGGGAGUGACGCCGCACGGCCUUGCCGCAGGCAGGGUCACACUGUGUCAGGAAAGCCACCACACUACUCUGCAGGAUCAUCCAUUUACAAUGAGCACCAUCCACCUAGUGGCAGUACAGAAGCUGUGCACAAUCAAGGUUCAACUGGUCAGGGACGUGAAAGGUGUGACAGCUUGCCUUCGAGGGCCCGUACAACGAGUGAAGGUCACCCUCAACCACUGCCUGGAAUUCUGGGAGCCUCCCGAGGUGGUCAUCUGGUGCCUGGCCAUGGUCACCGUCCCACUUCUGUAUAUGGCCGUGGUAUAUCCCAUUCUCCUCCUGUUGGAUCUAGUCCUGUGAGUCCAAAUUCUGGUGCUUGUUCAACUGAUUCUGCUGGAUCAUCGCUGUCCAUUGAUGAGGGCGAUGGAUGGGGUGGAGAUGGAGAUCAGGGCUGUCCCACUGGUGCACGCUAUGGGACUGGCCACUCUCUCACACCAGAUGAGCCGGCAAUCCUUGAAGAGAACUGUGAUGACUACACUUGGACCCAACCUGGAUCAGGCAGCACUGGAUACAGCAGAGCUGUGCCCUCUCUGUCGCUACCCAUUCAAGGAGGGAGCUCCAGCAGUCGCAAGAUAUCACCCAACCUUAGCAGCAGUGGAUUCAAAUCGGGGUCUCCAUCACAGGGUUCAUACAUGGAUGUCUAUAGUCCAUGUAGCUCAUCUCCUCUGGAUAAUCCAGGCUAUAUGACAAUGAGUCCAGGUGGGGGAAAUGAGACAACUCCAAGAGCUGCUAGUGCAGGUACAUACAGCCGCAUGCACAGCCGUGGCAGUAGUGUGGCUGAUGAUCCAUAUGUACCUAUGGGACGCCCUGCCACAGAUGAUGGUUAUGUUGAUAUGGACAGCUCACAUAGUCAUCUUCAUCAUGGUGAAAUGUCUCCAAGCAGCAGCUGCUCAGUUACAUCUGGUACACCAUCAACCGAUCUCCGCUUUUCAGAGUACCACCUAGAGAAAGUCAGCUCAUACUUCACACCCUCAGAAGAUGAUGAUGCAUCGUCUAUUGAUCGACCAAUUCGUGCAUAUUCUGUGGGGUCGCGGGCAGACACUCGAAAGACAAGCAGAUUGGAAGCAAGCCCACUGUUUGAGGAUACUGCACGUGUGCGGGCCUUUUCUGUUGGGAGUCGCCUCGCAGGACGUGUAGGCACUGGACGGCCACGGCACACACCUCCACCGCAUACUGCCACCACAACUACUCCAGGUCCAAAGUCCAGCUCUGCACCUCUGCUAUCCAGUUCCUGGUCUGGCACAGGGGGAAGUGGCAAUAACAGCAGUAUUGGAGGAGAUAAAAGCCAAAUGUCUGAUCUGAUGGAACUAGACUUCACCAGCGGCCGUGCACGUCCCGCUGGAAGUCGACGUACACUCCCUCCCCAUCGUGAGGGAAUGGGAUCUGGAGUUAUUUCCAGUUCACCACCUCGACGAUCGGCUGUACAUACUGCAGGUCGUACACCUCCACCAUCUGGAAGCCCCGAUAGACGGCCCAGAUCUCCUCGUGCUGAAUCAGGUCAUCCUCCAACUGGUACUUCACCACCUUAUGUGCCUAUGAAACCUGUCCCAGGCACAUCACCAAAAAAUAAUGAUCACUUUCUUUCUGUACGUCCUGGUUCACCGCGUAGAACCAUGCCUGAUGCCUCUGCCAGCAGCAGACAGAAUUUACUGUCAAGGGAUCCAGAAUCAAAUGAAAGUGUGAGGCUGCUACAGUCAUCAUCUGCCCUGACAGCUUCAGAGAGUGGAAUAUCAACUACCACCUCUACAGUGACUGAUCCUUAUGUUCCAAUGCAACCUGUUGUAGUAUCUAGUUCAAUGGACCCUUAUGUACCACUGCAGCCAGGGUCUUCAUUUUCCCCUCCUGUAGAUGCAGGACCCUAUCUGGACAUGAGGCCAAGCCAUGUUAAUGCAUCUUCAGUGGCAUCAGGACAGAUUUCUUCAGCAAAUGAAAGUGGUUCAGUGGAAAGUGAUCCGUACUUGGAAAUGAAGCCUUCCCUGUCGAGGGUUCCUAGUGUAGUGCGACCUACAGAGACACCAACAGUCCCACGUACUCGAGUACAGUCAUUUCCUACCACUAUUUGCCCAGGAACUAUGCCAGCAAAGCCAAAUGAAGUACCUUCAGGUGGCAAUGGUGUAGGAGAUCGUAAUGUGAGGCAAGUGCCUGUGAGGAAGACAUCUAGACAGGAAGAGUGGAUAACCACUGCAAUUGAAGAAGAAGCAAUAGAGGCAACACAGAGAGGUAGAAGCUCUGAUUACGUGGAGAUGGGUGGAAGUUCCUCAUAUGCAGACCAAAGCACCAGCCAUAAUCCGUAUGUCGAGAUGACUCCAAUUCAAAGACUGUCACAGCAAGAACCAAAAGAUUAUGUGGAGAUGGGUCCACCACCAGCUGCACUACGAUCCAGCCUUGCUGCUCGCCCUCCAGAUUACAUCAGAAUGCAACCUGGGCAAAGAGUUUCUAACCACAAUCAGGAUUUUGCUGAACAGCCAGCUGUUGAUAUCUCAGUGAAGCAAACUACACAAGUUACAACCAGUGCUGCUGAUGGUUACCUGCCAAUGCAACCAGGCUCUGGCACAUCUCGAAAACCAGAAGUUGUCACCCAGAGCACUGUAGCUCGAAGAUCUGCACCACUUGAUACACCUGCUGCCAGUACCAGGAGCCGUGAUGGUUAUGUUGAGAUGUCUUGGAAGCCACCAGCUACAAGGUCACUGUUAGAUGAUUACCGCCCCAGCCAAACACAGCAGCGAUCUGCACCAAUUGCCAUCACAAGGUGCACACCACCCAAAGCAUUGCAGCUAUCACCAUCACCUGGAUCGAGUCCAUUUUCAUCACUGCGCCGGCAGCGACGUGUACCUCAUGUAGUACCAGACGUGCCCACUCCCUCUGGCUCAGUGUUUCCAUUUAGUCCUGGAAGUCCUUCAAGUCGACCCUUUCCUGGAGAAGACGAUGCCGAGAAGGAGCCAGAUCGGAAGUGUGCUGUGGAUGCAACUGGUGGAUGUCUACGGCUAUCAGCUCAGUCGCCGCCUUCGGAUAGUUCGGCAUCUGGUUCUGGAUCAGGAUCCUCAGAGCAACCAACACCUGUAAAUGCUGAUUAUGCCAACUGCAGUCCACCACGUCGUCCUUUCUCAGAGCUUGUGGACCUUCCGCAGCCCAUGGAGAGUGGACCCAGUCUGGCUCCCCGUGUCAUCAGAGCUCGGGGCUCUUGGGGACCAGGAGAGAAUAUUCCAAAGUUCGAAACACGCAGUGAGAGAGCAAGUUCAUCUGAGCAGAUAUAUGACUGUAGGGACAAGCCUCCGGUUCCACCUGCAAAGCCUCAAGGCUCAACAGCGCCCACAGCAAGAAGUGUCAGACUGACCAAUUUCACAGAGAAGCAGUUAUCAGGUAUUGACCCAGGACAAAUGAAGUCGUGUGAACUUCAAGCAUGUGGCCGCCAGCAGGAAAGUGUUAACUACUCCACAAGGAGUGAACUACAAAACAUGGGUAGGACUGAAAGUGAUCAAAACAAUGCAUCAGGUAUGAGCACAACAGACGAUCAAAAACAACGUAAUAUGUUACGGAGCCAGCAAAGAGAAGAAAUAAAUUCUCGGCCUGCGAUGUCAUUUUCCAACGAAACUGCACCUUCGCUUCUAUGCGAGAAUCCUGAAGAGUUGAACUGUACAUCUUCAAGGUUUGCGCAAUCAUCCAAAUCUGAUAGCAGUUCAGAAAUCUUAAUGGAAUCUGUAGGAGAAGUUCGGGAAGAAGGGAGACCCAGCCAUGUAAGGGAACAUAAUGACUGCUUAACUUCUGACGAAAGGAAGGAAGUUGAUCAGUCAGAACAUAGUGCUGGAGAUAUAUCAGCCUGCAAUGAUGCAGGCUGUUUAGGAUCAGAGGAAAAUCCUAAUGUAAACUCCGUGACGACUGAACUGACAGAGAAUUUGAGUCUACCUUUGGAGGCCAUUGUUCCUGAACAUACAAAUAACAUAAAUAUAGUGGCCCUGGAAUGUACUGUAACAGAACAAACUCCAGAGAACUCAGUCAGUAUUCACCGUGAGUCUUCAAUUCAGCAAAAAGGUCCUGGAAGGCCAGUUGAUGUGGGGCAGCAUAAGUCACUGAAGAAUCAGACGGACGUAUUGAAUGGUCCUACUACCAGUGCACACCGACAAGCUAAUCCCUUAAUACGGUCAGGCUCUACUUCUAGUACAGCAUCAGCUGACCAGCAGCUACACUACGUAUCACUCGAUUUGGAGGACAGGCCCAGUGAGAGAUCACAGCGCACUCAGCUUCGAGGAGAACAGCUGUAUGAUGGCAGUUCUUAUGCUCAGAUUGACUUCUCUCACAGGACUGAGUGACUGUUGUCUUAUUGAUUUGCAAUUCGACUGUGAGACUGUUUACUAUACUUUUUUCACAUUGUAAUUGUAGCAAAAUGAAUAAGCAUUGCCAGUUAUUGGGGUGGUAAUGCAUCCUAGGUGAACUUUGAAUUGUGCAUCUUGCUAGCUCUGAGGCUGUCUAUUAAUUUUUUAUCUAGCUUUGGUACUGAAAGCAUGAAGACAAUUGCUGUUUGUAUGGCUUGCUGCUGAAAAUAAUGCUUUAGUAUUAAUUUGCUGCAGCAAUGCCUGAAAUGUAUACUAAGUAAGAACUACUCAAGUAUCAUUAGGAAAUGUGGCACACGCUACAGAGCUCCUCACCCACCACUCAGGAUCUUAUGCCCUUUAUGAAUUAAGGUAGGCCUAUCUUGUAUGCCCACUUCCGUAAAGUCCACCAGUGGGCAUUUGUCUGAGAAGUAUAAAUUUGGCAGCAACAUAUCUUUGUGGAUACAUAUACUUGUGUCAUUAUCUGAACCUGUAUUUGCUUUUAAGUUUAUUCCUAGAACAAGUGCAUACCUAAUUGGUACACACCAUAGAGACAUUCUAAUGGAAAGGCAGCUGGCUCAGAUUUAGCCUCCAAGUGUAUGAGGGAUUUUGUUUUAAAAAUUUCCACUGUACAUUUGAUAUUUAGGAACAAGUACUUAGUACAUUUUUAGCAUUUUAUUGGAAAUGGUUUACAUGUGCUAUGUAUGGAAAAAAUGUGUAUGAUCGUCAGUAUGUAACAUGUUAUCAGAAUAUCAAGUACCAUGAGUUGAACAUGUUUUCACAAAAAUUUAAAAAUUGUUUCUUUACAAUAUUUUUUUAUGUCUCAUUCCAAAGCUGUCCCAUAACAGUCUUUUGAGGUUACCUAUUUAGUGACCCAACUAUGAAGUGAGAAGCACUUGUAUUUCUUCUUCUCCCCCUUUUUUUAAGGAAAAAACGAGAGCAAGAAAGAAAUAUGUUCUGUGAAUUAUCACCAUAACAUAUUGCGCUUUUCACAUCCAUGGAGCAGCAUGAAAUGGGAGAUCUGUAGUAAAGACAUCUUAAAAUCCAAUGCUGAAGUUCAAAGCAUCAACUAAAGGGAUCCAAAAAAACUAGAUUAUUUGAUUUUGUACACAAAACUGUUUGAAGCAUAAGUGCAAAGCAAUGAUGUUGAGAAUAUGUGUGAUGUUUGUGAACCUCUUUCUUGUCUGUCACCUUUUUCAUUGCUGUUUCACAUAGCUAGUUACAUAAAUACGUAUUGCUAUGCUUCACUCGUAGGUGUGAAACAGCAGUAUUUUUCCCCCCCUCAUGGGAAAUUCAGAACUGACUGAUUACAAUUGCUUAUAAUUUAAAUAUGUCCUUUAUUCAUAACUAUUUAGUUGUCUGACUGAUGAGGUUUUUCAAUGGCAUGAAAAUGUCUUUGUGUAAGAAAACUGAUUUCCUUUGUGUUUACCAAAUAUUUAGCCUUAACAACUUUUUUUUUUUUUUACAUACACAUUGUUCACAAGCAGCACAUCAUUUCUGAAACUAACCUUUUAAUACCACGAGCACCUCUCUGGAUUUACAUUACCAAUUAACAAGUUGUAAUUUUUACUAUAUUUUCAAGAAUUUGUUUUGUUUAAAAUCUGUUGUCUCUAAACAUUGAACCUUGGGCCUCUCAAUCACAAAUCAGUUAACACUGUAAUAAUAUUUUUAUCAAAGGCCAGAGAAAUGAAAACAUGGAUUCAUGGACCAGGAUAGGUAAGAAUGUUAUAUCUCUGAAAUGUUGGACAUGGACAUACUGAUUGCUUUAACUGUCCACGUGCCAAUAUAAUUCAGCCUGGGUAGUGACGCCCAGCAUUUGCUACUGUGUGCUUUGGCUACAGCUGAUGGCCUGCCUCAGUUGGUUGGUUCAAUGAAUACCUUUUCAAGAAAAUUGUAUUUUCACAUAGUAGUAUAGAUAUUCAAAUCCUGAUACCUCCUUGUUUCCAUUAAGACCAUACUUGUUAGUACAGCACUGUUGCAAGUGCAGAAAUCACUGUUUCUAUGUGAUGUGUUUGACUAUCUGUAGUGUACAGAUAGUUGAAUGGCUUCAGUGCUCUCUGGAAAGUAGUUGGGAGUAAUAUCAGGUGCCAGGUGCACCAUGGUGCAGUAUAGCUUUCAUUUCUUGCUCAUGCAUAAGCUGACUCAGUUUCUAAAAUGUGCCUUCAGUUACUCCAUAGGCAUAGGCCUAAAAAUCAUAGUGAACAAGGGGCUGGUCCCUUUGUGAUUCCAGGACUUCCGUUUCCUGAUAGGAGUGUGUCAUUUUCCUCAAAGUUUAAUAUUCAAGAAGGAAUCAUUCCUUUCGCUGUGUAUGUAGUUGGUAGCCAGGGCACUAAAUUUAACACACCUUUUGUAACUUUUUGUUACACCCUUUACACUUGAUUUGUUGUAAAAUAACAAUAUAUUUUACUAUCAAGAAGCAGGUCUGCAGUGAGCAUCCAUUACUCGUAAGAGUGCAGCUGAUUUACUAAUCUAGACCAAGUGCAAGAAAAAUUUUUCCACAUAUAUAUAUAUAUACUUUCAGUUUUGGUGACUGGUGCUUUGUUUUGAAUUGUACCACAUUCAAAGACUUUGCUUCUACUGGACUAUUUAUAUACCUUGCAGGGUGUGCCUACCUGUAGUUGUAUGUUUACAGAGUAUGAAAUACUCUUCAAAUGGACAGUGGUGUGUUUCUUAGUGGCCCUACAGACUGCUGACAGAGAAUGACUGUAAUAAGUUGCCAUCAAAUGGCAACAUGUCAGAAGAACACAGUUCUCUUAUCAUUCUGCUGGGGAGAAGCCACGUCAGACGUGGCUGCGUGUGUCCCGUCAGUUUCCCAUGUUGCAUGGGGGCGUGCUGGCACGUCUCUGGGGGGGCGGGACCCCUCCUACACUGCCCCAUGUCUCCAGCCUUCUCUACUAUAUUUAUUGUUUGUUGAACAGAAAGGAGAUAGUUACGUGACAUUUUAUCCAUUUUUGUGAGAGUUUUGAUAACAUUUUAUGUUGUAUUUAUUAUUGUAUAGACCCAGCAUUUUUACGUAAUCAUUAUGGCAUCACCAUACUUACAUGCAAAAUACACGCAUACACUUGUGCUCAGAAAUAAAGACAGUUCCUAUAUGCCGACAAAUGUAAUUUGAAUAUAUGUAUAUGUGUGACAUGUUUUAUUACUGGAUAUUGGAUUAAUGUGUUUCCUUUGUCUCUGAGGUCAAACAUAUUGUUAUCAUUUUCAGAGUGAGGUAAUCAACCUACUUUUAAGUUCUUGCAUUUUUCAAAAUGAGUGGACUGCACAUUGUAACAAGAAUUUUCAUAUUGUCACUGUCACUCAGCAGAAAGGGGCACAGUUGUUUUAACAAACAGUUUAAGAAUAUGUUUGUGAUUAAUGUAAAUUUAUGACUUCUAUUAUUAACAUGAACAUCUUGAGGAAUGCUGUAAUUAUUGAUUAAUAAUGUUCACACUUCAGUGAGGGGAGAGCUUUGCCCCAUAUUUACAUGUAGCCAAAUGCAUAGUUUUUACAUCUUUCAAGAGUCAUCUCAUCACUGUUACUGGCAUAUGAUGUAAUCCUAUUAGAAGAUAUCUUAAGUUACAUUUAUUUUGCAUCAAUUGAUGAAUUUCAUCAGUUUUUGUAACUGCAAUACUUUAUAGCAGUUUCACUCUCUGAUUAAUCCAAAGGAACGGUGCUUAUGAUAGUAGAGAUUUUAGAAUAAAUAAUUACCUGGCUCUUGCUUGAAGUAAAAAUAGCUAGAAGAAGCUUCCCAGAUUAGUGAAUUGGAAGAAAUUUUCAAGUUCCUUGCUAGCUGCUUCCCUAGCUCUUAUCAAAGCAUAGUUUAUACUAGUGAUUGGAAGAUUGACAAAAUCUUUCAUGUUGGGUAGCUAUACUUUUUGCUACAUGCGUAAGAGGCUGUAGCUUGAACUCAGAGAGUCAUACUGCAAUAAAUAAAUAACUUUAUGAUUGUGUAAUGCAAUGUUGUUACACACUAAAGCUUGGUGUCUGCACACUCACUACAGAUGAUUCAGGGGUGAAAACAUUGGCUUCUCUCAUGACUGUGCUACAUAUAACUCUGUUGUGUGAAGUACUAUUACAGAAGUUUUAUUACUGAUUUAUACUAGUGUGAGUGCUGACACCAUAGUUAAUGUUAACACCAAAUUCUACCAUUUUAAAACUAUUGUGUCUUAUAUGACAUGCUGCUGCGUGGCAACACAAAAUCGAAAAUCUUAUAAUUACAUGUGCAGCCCACACUGUUACCACUGCCAGUUGCCCAGAGGCACUAAACUACCAUGUCUUACAUUGUAGGAUUCUGUGAGUAACAGAUGUUUUAUUGUAUACAGUUUGUUGAUUUUACCUUUAUUUCAUUAUAUGAAAUAGAACUGUUCAUGUUAUUCCUAUUUUUAUGUAUAUUUUUUGAGUUGUACAGAUCCGUACCACUACUUGAAUAAAAGUAUGAGACACA